AUGAGACUGCUGGAGGCUCCAUCUUCCGUUAUUCCAGAAGAAGUACCUGAAGUACCUGAAGCACCUGAAGAGCAUAUACCAUCAGAUGCAGAGUCUGUGCAAGUUCCCAGCACUACUACUAGUAUGCAUACCGCUAUGCAUAGUUCAAUAGACAGAGAUGAGUUGAAACUGUUGGAAGUGCCAUUUUACAUCUACGAGGAAUUGCUGUUGACGAAUGCUACCGUUGGCAAACACAAUGAGAAGCAGAAGCAGUAUACCCUUGAGCGUUGGAUGGAGGAGAGAGAAGUGAAGCACACAGACGACUACUGGUGGGUUCAAGCAGCGCUGAAGCACCGGAUGCGCACACUCGACCCAGCCAAAGCCAAGCUUUUCUUGGUUCCAACCUUGGUGAAUGAAAUUUACGAUCAGGCCAUUUGGGUCAAGUUGGGUCUAUGCGAUCACGACGACAGGUGCAAUUUGAAACUGCUACAACACGCCAAUGACGUAUUGGGCAAGUCUCCGUGGUUCCAACGAUCCAAGGGCAGAGAUCACAUUGUCGUAGCCAGUCACUACAUGACCUACAACAGUGCCAGGGGCUUCAAACACAUUGCCCAUUGCAACGUUAUUGGACUCGAAAAGUACCGAUGGAACCAUCCGGAUCGAUUGUUCUUGCCCAACACGUACGUGGGAACUGCCUGUACCGACGGACAAUCCAACAAAACACACGAUUUCACAAUGAUUGCCACCAUCAAACCACACUUUAAGGAUCGACAAUACAUCUGCAAGGCACUCCAAAAGAAGAAGAAGAAGAAACGAAACGCUAUUGAAUUGUCCGUAUCCACGUGUGGAAAAGGCAACCAAUGUCCCGCACUGGCACAAGCCAAAAUGGGAUUCCACGUCAAGGGAGACUCCUACGGCAGCAAUAGACUCAUUGACACCAUUCUAUCCGGAACGGUCCCCAUCUUUACAUCGCAACAACAGUACCACAUACUACCAACGUGGAUUGAUUGGGAGGCACUCUCCUUCUUUGCCGAUCCCAACCAGCACCGACAACACACUUUUCUACAAAGAUUACAACAAUUUGCUACAAACACCAAAAGGUACGAACAAAAACGAAAAUUCGUCAAUGACAAUCGAGCAUUACUGGAUUGGAGAAACACACCAUCCAUCCCUUUUGAACACUACAUGUACGCCUUUGCACGUUCCAUAAUGCCCGAACUGCAACCACAAAAACAGGCACCGCCCCAAUUUUCCGCGCUCUGGCUCGAGGCAGUCGAAGACUUGCGACCCAUUCGACGGCCCACGGUAUUUUGUGACCAGUCCGAAAUCCACUCGUGUCGAUCGUGUGGUGGUUCCCAGAAAACUUGUCACGGACAAUGUCAAUGGUGUGCCAAGGGGGUGGUGGGGGAACCAUCGACCGAGGGAACGUGUGCCAACUUUUACGAAGAGACGUGUGCCUGA